CAAUAUUGUAAAUGAUGGCUUGCUCUACGGUCGAGGCAUAGAUCUUGCCUCUGAAACUCCUUCUGGCUGAAGACAAUUUCUUCUGAUUUUAAGUCCAGCCGAAAAGACAGAUUCCAUCAGGAGAUUACAAAAUGCCUCUGAGAAAUGAUUACUUAGUUUAGAAGCUAGCACAGUGAUUAAAAAUUCAUGACUGUAGAAUUAAAAAAAGAAUCCGCUCUUUCCUUUCAGGCUUGUGUCAGACUUGCCAUGAAGUUAGAAUGGAAAGGAGUCCGCAGCUUUUCAAUGCCUGGAACAGCUAGAACUUAAAGAUCACUGUGUGAAACAGGGUGUUCGGUUUCGAUACUCUGUUUCAGACUGCCUUAGCCACAGGCAACCUUUAACUUAUUUUUGUUUUUUGGCAAUCCUUGGAGUCCGUGUUCCUGAAUUUCAAAAUUGAAGUCCUGAUCUUCUAGAGAGUGCUUUGCUUCAAUCCCACCUCAUGGCAUGACCUCUGCUGGGUCAUUUGUUCUAGUAGCAAAGGGGCAUGACGUCCGAGACCCCCCUUCUCUCAUCAGCAGAGCUGACUGAGCUGGGGGCCUGAAGCUGGGGCUAAUCCUCCCUGUCUGAUGUCCUCCUAGAGCAUGGCGAUGGUCUCUGCGAUGUCCUGGGUCCUGUACCUGUGGAUAGGUGCUUGUGCAAUGCUGCUCUGCCAUGGAGCCCUUCAGCACACCUUCCAGCAGCACCACCUGCACAGACCAGAAGGAGGGACAUGUGAAGUGAUAGCCGCGCACAGAUGUUGUAAUAAGAACCGCAUCGAGGAACGGUCCCAAACUGUCAAGUGCUCCUGUCUACCUGGGAAAGUGGCCGGCACAACCAGAAACCGGCCUUCCUGUGUGGACGCCUCCAUCGUGAUUGGGAAGUGGUGGUGUGAGAUGGAGCCUUGCCUUGAGGGGGAAGAGUGCAAGACCCUCCCCGACAAUUCUGGAUGGAUGUGCGCUACCGGCAAUAAAAUUAAGACCACAAGAAUUCACCCAAGAACCUAACAGAAGCAUUUGUUAUAGUAAAAAGGAAAACCAACUCUGCGGAAAGUACAUUUUGAGAAUUUAAACCAUCUAGCCCAUUACAAGCCAAAUGGACUUCUUAUCGCACUUUG